UAUUUUGCUACAACUUCCACUACCCUAUAUAAACGAAGCUCCGUCCUCUGGAGUUUCCACAAGCUGAACAACUGUAUUGGCAAGACUACAGCAACACCGGAAGGCAGAGGAAUUCAACCAAUUCAAGGUGUUGAUUGCCACAUCCCAUUGGAUCGCUUGUAGCUCCCCGAUCUGGAUCUGGAUAACUAGCUACAGUAGUACGACUCUGGAUGGCUGCUAUAUAUCUCCCUCAUUUGAUCUGCAUCGGCUGCUCACUCCUCAUCACGCAUCUCUCCACUUGAUUCAAGUACCAGCUGAAAACGCGAGCCAAGCCUGCACCUACUUCCCAGAGAGCAAGGGAGGGAGAUCUAUCUAGUUUUUGCUCUGAAAUAAGGGUGAACCCAAGAUCCGUCUCUGAUCUCUCCAGUCGAUUCAAGUACCAGCUCAAGUGUGAGCUAACCCUGCAACAAAUGGCGGGGGUUCUGGAUGCUUUGGCAUCUUACGUGACCAGCAUGCUUGCCGAGAUGGCCAAAGAGGAGGUGGCCAUGCUAAUCGGCGUAACCGAUGGGAUCAAAGACCUAAGCAUCAAGCUUGGGGACCUCAAGAAUUUCCUUGCUGAUGCUGAUAGGAGGAACAUUACCGAUGAUAGUGUGCGGGGGUGGGUGGGCGAACUGAAGCGUGCCAUGUACUUGGCCACUGACAUCGUCGACCUAUGUCAGCUCAAGGCCAUGGAGCAAGGUCAAACAAAGGACAGGGGGUGCCUUAACCCUUUGCUCUUUUGCAUGCGGAAUCCACUCCACGCCCACGACAUCGGCACCCGCAUCAAGCUGCUCAACCAAAAUUUGGAUGAUAUUUGCAAGAGGGGCAGCAGUUUCAAUUUCAUCAAGCUAGAAGCCUACCAAGACCAAAAGACCACUCGGUCUCCCGCCACUGACCGGAAAACAAAUGCACUGAUUGAGCGGUCCGGUGUGGUUGGAGAGAAGAUCGAGGAGGACACGAGGGCACUUGUGGAGGUGCUUACAAGGGAGGCGGUAGGUGACAAGAGUGGUCGCCUCAUUGUGGUCGCCAUUGUUGGUAUCGGAGGGAUUGGUAAGACUACCCUCGGCAAGAAGGUCUUCAAUGAUGAGGCCAUCGAAGGCAAGUUUACUAAGAAGAUAUGGCUUAGCAUCACACAAGAUUUCACCGAUGUUGAGUUGUUAAGUACGACCAUCACUGCCAUUGGGGCAGAUCUUCCUGGAGGGGGUGGGGCUCCAGACAAGGCCCUACUUGUCGAUGCUCUCAAGAACGCCAUCAAGGACAAGAAGUUCUUUCUUGUACUAGAUGACCUGUGGGAUGUCGAUGCAUGGAACAAACAUCUAAUGACUCCCUUUAGCUAUGGUGGCCCCGGUAGUAGAGUCCUCAUCACCACCAGACAUGACACUGUAGCCCGAAGCAUGAAAGCCUUUCAUCCCUACCAUCAUGUUGACAAAUUAGCUCCAGAAGAUGCUUGGUCGUUGCUCAAGAAGCAGGUACUCACAGGAGAGGAAAAUGAACCAGAAGUUGAUAUGCUAGAAGAUAUUGGCCUGCAGAUUAUAGCAAAAUGUGAUGGCUUACCACUUGCUGUAAAAGUUAUGGGUGGACUCCUAUGCAAGAAGGAGAAAACACGACGUGAUUGGCAAGACGUCUUGAAUGAUGAUAUGUGGUCAGUAUCUCAAAUGUCAAAGGAACUAAAUUAUGCCAUAUAUCUUAGCUAUCAGGAUUUGUCCCCUUACUUAAAACAGUGCUUCUUGCACUUCUCCCUCAAACCAAAAAAGACAGUGAUAAAUGAUACUGAAAUUGUGUCCAUGUGGGUUGGUGAAGGAUUGGUUGAAGGAGACACAUAUAGUCGUAGUUUGGAAGAAGGGAAUAAGUACUAUAAGGAGCUAAUAGUAAGGAACCUUAUAGAGGUAGAUACAGAUUACCCUAGUCAACUUAUUAGCAACAUGCAUGAUGUCAUUCGCUCAUUUGCUCAAUUCGUAGCUAGGGAUGAAGCACUGUUAGUUCAUAGUGGAGAGACCAUUAAAAAAAAACUUGGAGCUCAAAGUUUUCUUAGGUUGUCUAUAGAAACCAAAGGAGUAGAAUGCGAUGAAUUUGAGUGGAGGUAUUUAAGAGAGCAGAAAUCUCUUAGGACACUGAUAGUAACUGGAAACCUCAAACUUCAGUCUGGUGAUUCAUUGGUUACCUUUUCUAGUCUACGGACUCUACAUAUUGAAUCUGCAAAUAUUGCUGCACUGGUUGAAUGCAUGUACCAACUCAAGCACUUGAGAUAUUUGUCAUUAAAGAGGACUGAUAUUUGUAGACUACCAGAGAACAUCCAUGAGAUGAAAUUCCUACAGCAUAUUGACCUUGAAUAUUGUGAAAGUUUCAUGAAACUUCCUGAUAGCAUUAUCAAGCUGCAAGGCUUGAGAUAUCUUGACAUGGAUGACACACGUGUAAGUAGUAUUCCUAGGGGUUUCAGAGCUCUUACAAAUUUGAGUGCACUCUUUGGGUUUCCAGCCUAUACUGAUGGUGACUGGUGUAGUUUGGAAGAGUUGGGGUCUCUUUCCCAGCUCAAUAAACUUUCUCUAGAGAGCCUAGAAAAUGUAUCUAGUACCUUGUUGGCUGCAAAGGCAAGGGUAGAUGCAAAGAAACAACUCACCUCUCUUGGUUUGAAAUGUGGUGGUAGAGUGGGAGAUGGGUUGGUCCAAGGAGAAGUCUCUGAGUCUAAGGAGGAGGAGCAAAUAAUUGAGGCGGUGUUUGAUGUGCUCUGUCCUCAGCCUUGCAUAGAACACAUCAGCAUAGAAAGAUAUUUUGGUCGUCGGCUGCCAAGAUGGAUGGCGUCCACAGCUAUGGUGCCCCUUGAGAGCUUGAAGAUUGUAGCCCUCGAACACCUGCCCUGCUGCACCCAACUCCCAGAUGGCUUGUGCAGGCUCCCGUAUUUGGAGUGGAUAAAAGUGGACGGGGCUCCAGUAAUCAAGUGUAUUGGUCCUGAAUUCGUUCAACAGUACAAUCAGCUGCACCGUCCUUCAUCUCAGUUGGCUGCUACGUUUCCCAAACUCCAGAAGUUGAGUUUUUUCUCAAUGGAGGAAUGGGAGGAGUGGGUUUGGGAGACAGAAGUGAAAUCUAUGCCCUUAUUAGAGGACCUUCGUAUCACUUCUUGCAGACUGGGUCGUAUGCCUCCAGGACUUAUGUCUCAUGCGAUGGCGUUGAAGAAGCUAAGAAUAUGGAACGUCCAAUGUCUCCACUCUCUAGAGAACUUUGUUUCUGUAGUUGAGCUCGACCUGUAUGACAUACCUGAAUUGGCCAUGAUCUCCAAUCUUCCAAAAUUACAAAAGCUUACAAUCGAGUAUUGCCCAAAGCUCGAGAUGCUGCAGGAGAUGGCUGCAGUCCGGAGACUCGAGCUGAGAGUUUUCCGCUGGGAAAAUCAACUUCCAGUCUACCUGCAAACUGUGAAGCCUAGUCAUUUGCUGCUGACCUGCAACCUAGCGGUACUCACUUCCAUGGCUGAGGGUGAAUCUAGCUCCGAGUGGGACAAGUUCAGUCAUAUCAAGCACGUCGAGGCUUAUGCAGAGGAUGGAGGAGAUGAGAAGAAAUGGCACAUCUUCUACACAUCUGAGUCCUCCAACAUGGAGACAAAUAUUCAUCAGGAUCGAUUGGUCGAAGAAGAGGAGUAGGCUGAAACUCCAGCCGAACGAGGAAGGACCAUAUGAUGCAAUGAUAUAUAUAUAUAUAAGUAGGGAUAUGGGGAAAGCAUCAUACACUUACCUGCAGAGAUUCAGACACCACACUAAUUUCUUGAGAAGUGUGACAUAUACACUUAUGAAUUUAGAGAUGUAAAGUUCGUGGCGGACUAUCUAGCUGGUGAAGAAACAUGGUGACCUUGGCAAGGCUCUCCUUUGUUUAGUGCAAGCAACUAAUGGAGUUUAGACUACUCUGCUUUGCUCUGUUCUCUGAAAGCAGCUCAGGUUGCAGGUCCUCUGAAGCAGCUGCGUUUUUCUUUUUCUUUUUUCGCGGGUGUCUUUCAUUCGUUCUCUGGAAAACUAUGUUUAUUUCUGAUAGACCAGUCAAUAGUCUACUGGUAUUUCAGCUUUUAAUUUCUACUGCAACAACACAAAUGACUGUCAGAAAGUGGAGUUUAUUCAAGCUUCCGGCUGCUGAUUUGUAACUGUAUGUCAUAGGAAUUCAGAAUCAGAGUGAUGUAUACUGGGACCAAACAAAUGUUGGUGAGAUCCUGGUCCACGAAGGUCACGACGAUGACCUGCUGACUGGAUGUUCUAGCUAUCUUUAGUUUCUUCAAUUAGUGAAAUCAAAUUAAGUUCAGCUUU